AUGCUCACAUUACGAUGUAUUUACAUUGUAAUUUGUAAAGCGUUCAAUGUAAAGAUGAAUCACUUUGUGUCUGACAGUAUGAAACGCGCGAUGCCUGAGGAAAAUCAUGAAAGGAAACGAGUCUUUGUCAAGCAAGAGAACUUUGGACAUAAUGCUCCUUCAUAUGCUAAUUAUUCGUCAUCGUCGUCGUCAAUAUCCUCCACUAAUGCUCAACCUUUGCCUGGGCAACCACCUCUACCUCCUAUGUCACUAUCAUCUAGUAGAAUUCCACCUCCAUCUCAUGUAUUCGAAUCAGUGCCUUCUCAAGUAACUCCCAUUCAAGCAUGGGUACAUCCUACGUGGCAAUGGAUAGCAUCGCAAACAUCUAUGCCACCUCCAACUCCACGUGAAGUUACUAAUACAAUUCAGAGAGAAAUGUCAUUGAGAGGUAAUUACAUACGUCACGAAAGAUUUGCUCACAAUAGAAGCAACAUGUAUAUCCAGAGAAAUAAUUUUCAUCGUAAAAAAAGGCCUGUACGUUUUGGACUAUCACAAGGUCAAUUUGAUCAAAAUACAUAUCUCGGAUUACAAUGGCAAAGAAAUGUUUAUACUGCAGCAGCAAACGAUGAUAUAAGAAACCACAUGACUGUUCCUCUAUCUUCCCAUUCUAUAUCUCCCAUUCCUUCAGGAAUUAUAAAUAAUAUGACGAGGCAUGACAAGGAGAUGGAGGAUCAAGAUGUAAAAAUUGAAAAGAUAAUAAAGAAGAAUAAACAAAGAAAGCCAAUGUCUCAAAGCUAUCCUAGUAAGCCAUGGAAUAGAGAGGAUGCAGAGAGAGCACUGAUGAUUGAAAACGAAUAUAAUAUGAAGAAUAAAGUUAAUGCGCAGAGCUUAAUAAUUAAGUUUCCCGAUCCAGACUUAAAUAAGGACAUUGUUAAAUUAUUUCAUCCUGGUAUUCGAGAUAUACAUUUUCAAAAUCCUAGUGGUCCAAGAUAUUGCUUCAUUCAUAUGGCAAAGAAUGUGAAUAUUGAUGAAGCUAUGAGAGAAUUAGAAAAAAUCAAAUUUGGUACAGGAUACUUAAAAGUUGAAAAAAAAGCUGUAAGAAACGAGGAUGUCCGAAAUACGAAGCCCGAAGACAUAAAUCCUUAUAAUUUAUAUAUAGGAAAUUUAUCUACAUUCAUUAAGGCAAAUGAAAUAAAAAGCAAAUUUCCAAAAGCACGAGUUGAUGUAUCAAGAGCACGGAAAUUAAAGAACACACAAUUUGCUUUUAUGAGAUAUAAUAGCGUAGAUGAUGCGAUAGCAGAUUACAAAAAAGCAUAUGGUUUAAUGUGGGAUACAAGGAGUAUUAUUGUUAAAUUUCGUCGAAAAGAAGGCAAUUCUUAUCUUCCUGAAGAACUUAAACUUGAUGUUAAAAAAAUUAAAGAAGAGUCAAAUAAUAUUACACAAGUGAAAAGGGAACAGAAUAUGAAUCACAUUGAAUUUAAAUCUAAUGUUAACAAGUCAAAAGAUGAAGAAAAUAACAUUAGUCAAGAGGAUAAAGUCAAUCAUGAUAAAUCAUCAGCAAAUCAAGAUACAAAUAAUAUGGAAGCACAGUUACAAGACAAUUCCAUUAAAGCACAAAAUAAAUCAAUCUCGCAAAUUGAGGAAAAUACGAACUCUCAUUCCUCUUUGGUACCAACUUCAAUCACUAUCAAUCAUAAGACAAUACAAGAACAACAAUUUUGGGCUUCUUCUGAAAUAUCUUCAACAUCGGAAAAUCCAUUAUCAUGUCCAACACAAACUAAUGCCACCGAGGAAACGACGAUGCUUACACAAAUCAAAGAAGAACCCAUAGAUUAUGAUGAAAUAGACAUGUGUAACAUGCAGUCAGACGAUAACGAUAAUAAUGACGACGACGACGACGACGACGACGACGACGACGACGACGACGACGACGACGACGACGACGACGACGACGACGACGACGACGACGACGACGACGACGACGACGACGACGACGACGACGAAGAUGUUGACGAUGAUGGAAACGUAAUAUUUAUAACAAAGACAUCAGAAAUAGUACAAGAUAACAAAGAAGAACCAAUGGAUCAUCUUGACCAAAUGUUCACUGAAUUGGAGAAUAUGACGAGCGAUAUUGGCUUCUUAAAAAAUUGAAUAAAUUAUCGUUUUAACAUGUACUAUCAUGCGUUAGUAAAGGAUUUUUUAAAUAAAAUGUAAGAGCCAUGCCACACAAAAAACUUAAACAAUAAAACGUAAGCAGUAAGGAAAUCAAAAUGUUGGAUUUGUUGCUGCUUAUGAGUUUUAU